UAUUAUUCUACAUAGUUUCUAUUGUGUGGGGAUUUAUAGAUAAGAAAGUCAAUACAGAAUAUCAUUCUAAAGACACACCACUAAAAGGAGGAAUUAAAAAUUUAGGUUACUUAAAGAGACCUACUAUAGUUUAUUGGACAGAAGGUGACAGGGAAGAAAAAUACGCACAAGUAUGCAAUUCAAAAUGCGACAUUUACUUUGGGAAGGUAAUGUUACCUCACAAUACAGAAGGUGCUUACCUGUUUUACGCUAGUCGUAUAGAAUUCUCUAACUUGCCGCUACCCCGACGGCCUGAAAAAGUUAUUUGGGCCUUAUCGCAUGAAGAAUCUCCAAGAAAUGUAGCUGAGUUAAUGCAUGAAAAAAUACUGAAUAUAUUUAACUACUCAAGCACAUUUAGUAGAUACAGCGACGUGCCAUUCCCCUUACAAAGUAUAGUGUCUUUAGAGAAUGUGACAAGUACCAAAUUCUUCGUUGAAACACAACAGAAAAACUUGUUACUAAAAGAGAUAGGCCCAAUUUUGUAUUUGCAAUCUGACUGUGAAGCUUCGACUGAAAGAGACAAAUAUGUUUUGUCUCUCCAAAAAUUUCAACGAAUAGACUCCUAUGGUAUUUGCUUAAGAAACAAAGAAUUGCCAAGUGGAGUAAAAGGUGAAAAUGAAGAUUACUUAAACAGUUUAGACGAUACUAAAUUUCUGAACUUUGUGGCGAGAUAUAAGUUUGUGAUAGCUAUUGAGAAUGGUGUAUGUGAAGAUUAUAUAACAGAAAAGCUAUGGCGAGCAAUCCAUGUUGGUGUGGUGCCUAUCUACUUUGGAUCUCCCUCAAUAAGGGACUGGCUGCCUAAUCAGAAUUCAGCUAUACUUCUUGAAGACUUUCCUACACCAGAAUUACUAAGUCAGCACAUUGAUGAAUUAUUAAGAAAUGACCAAUUGUAUGAAGCAUACCUUGAACACAAAACGAAAAGGAAGAUUUCUAACCAAAAACUUAUUCGCGAACUGCAUGAAAGACCUUACCAAACUGGGCAUAGAGAAAUAGAAAAUGAAUUUAUAUGCUUUUUGUGCAAAAAACUUCACGAAGAUAAGAAUACAGUUCACAUUGUGACGAAACGCCAUUACGACUGUCCUAAGCCCAUAUCUGCUCUAACACAACAAGUAGAGCAGACGAAUUCAUGGGUACAAUCAUGGGAAUUUACAGCACGUUAUGUAGUAAAUGCGUUGUACAAUAAAAUUAUGAAGUAACGCAAAAUAAAGCCCUAUUUGUUGUUAUGCGCCGCAAGAGAUCCAAGGUAAACAUACUAUGGAUAAUAGCAGUAUAUUUAGAAGAAUUUUGAAGGAACAAAAAUACCCAACUUUAUAUGAAUUGUUUUUUGCGUUUUUGACAUUAUACAUGAUGUGGGUCGCGUCAUCGCAUGACCACACUGGACACACACAUGGAAAUGUAAAUAUCAAUGUGCCCGAGACGCACAGGAAACACGGUACCGAUAAACCCAAUGAAAGAGCACUUUUAAACUACACCAAAAACCC